AAAACAAAAGAUGGCCGAAUUUCUCCCAGUUGAGGUGCUGUCCCAGAUCUUCUACUACCUCAAUGUAUCCGAUAGAAAGGAAGUCUCUCUUGUAAAUAAACAAUGGUACUAUGCAUCACUAGACCCCAUGCUUCAAAAAGAUGUCGUUGUCACAUUCAUCCCUGGACAAGAGCAUAUACUUCCGAGUGAUCGUCAUAAGAAGACACCUCAUUUAAUCUUGAACAAUGUUGACACUUCUUUGAAAUAUAGAGAAGUCUUGGAAACUACCUCACAUUGUCUAGGAGAGAACCUGCAAAGUUUGUCCCUAAAAGGGACUGAUUUGACCGAGAAGACAUUUAUUUCAUUGAUGUCACACUGCAAGAGUUUGGUGAAACUAGACUUGAGUUGCUGCAACAGUUUGUUCAUGUCAGGCCAACUUCUUGAGAAAACCAGUGAGCUUCAAGAUUUACAGAAAGUGCUUGGAAAUGUCAAAGAGCUCAAUUUGGCAUCCCUUCGUUAUCUGUCUGAUGUUGCAUUCAAUCGCAUAGUAACGGUGUGCCAUAAUGUAGAGGUAUUGUCACUAUCAUCAUGUCAUAUUCUCUACCAUGGGAAUUACUAUCCAGAAGAUGCCACAAGAUUCGCUAACGCUUCCGUACUAACAUUCGUAAACAUUAUGGCUUUUCUUCAAGAGCAGCAAAAACAACUAAAGGGGCUUAACUUGAGCAGGACUGACAUCACAAAUGAACCACUUAUCCUCAUCGCAAAGAUCCCUGAUUUGAAACUACAACAAUUUACCCUUAUGGCCUGCAGAGAUCUGUCAGAUGAGGGAAUCAUUGGUUUAACCAAGCACCAAACAACAUUGGAGCAUUUAGACUUGAGUUGCUGUCCAGAUUUGACUGAUAACUGUGUCUAUUCAAUUAUAUCAAAGCUAUCAAAGUUAAAACAUCUUAAUCUGUCUAAAUGUAGGUCUGUGACAGACAUAUCUCUGAAACAACUGAGCCAAUUGAAGUCACUUGAGUUACUUGAUGUUUCUGCCUGCUAUCAGUUAAUGUCAAAGGGGAUGAUUAAAGGGCUCUGUUCAGGUAAAUCUAUCAAGCUAACUCACUUGAAUUUGAACUGCUGUAGUAUGAUCAGGGAUGAGUUUGUCCUCCAGGCUUGUGAGAAUUUGAAACAAUUGGUGCAUCUUGAUUUAGGUUCGUGUUUCCCUAUCACUGAUCUUAGUGUACAUGCCAUAUCAAAGAGCCUGAAAUUCCUGCGUGUGUUAAGGCUUGCCUGGUGUAAACAAAUCACCGAUUUUGGGUUGCUAGGGCUGCAACGUGAAGACGCUGAGCACCAUUUGCAUAAUGUAGAGCAUGGUACUUGUAGAUGUACACGUAAAGCAGAUGUUCUCAAUAUCUUCAAUAAGCCCAAGGGUGGGGAAACCAAAAUCCAGUUGUCAUGGGAUGAUGCUAAUGAGCACCUGCGUACCAAUGAGGAGCUUUACACCCUUGGUAACCUCACCCAUUUGAGAUCAUUGGAUCUCAGUGCUUGCCCCAACUUGAGUGACUCUGGAGUUGGGCUUGCACUGAAAUUCACUGAACUUCGUUUCCUCAACCUAAGCAUGUGUCCACUCCUUACUGAUAAAUCCCUUGUUGCCAUUGCUGGUAAUAACCCCAGCCUCGAGGAUGUCUCUAUCAGUCAGUGUAAGCAUAUCACUGAUGAUGGUAUCGGCUCCCUGGUCAAGAAACUCCCCAGGUUAACUGUCCUUGACAUCAGUAGUUGUGAUCUCCUCACUAACCUUUCCAUUGAGAUGAUAGCCAUGUAUUCCAAGAGGUUGAAAAGUCUUGACGUUUCACUUUGUAGUGGAAUAACUAUGGAAGGCCUUAAGGCAUUAGAAAGGAGAAGAGGGAAUAUGUGUAGCAUACAAAAGAGAAUGAUUUCAGAUUCUUGCCUUAACUAGUCGUUUUGUGGAACAUUCAUAUUCCUUCUAAAUGUUCUUGCAAUCUUAUGAGGCACAACAAAGACUAGUAAGACAAGUUUACAGUGACUCUCUAAUAUAUGGUCACAAUUUUACAAUAUUUUUUGCUUGUAACAUUUGAUGUUAGACCUAUUUCCAAAAAGUGUAACAGUUCUGACUUUGUUUUAAGAUGUUUAUACUAUUUAUUAUGGAUCUACAGACUACUGUACAUGUAAAAAUAUUUUAAUUCUUAUUUAUUUAGCAUUAUUAGUUUUAAGGUUAUGGGUCCAUUUGAACACAAUGUUACGACUGAUUGUACAUAUCAUAUAGGUUAGAUUCGGCCUAUGCAUUUGAUUGUGCCUGUUGUCUAUGGUCUAUAAUUGUACAAAAUUUGAUUGUCCCACAUUUGUUUCAUGAAAUACAAGGAGCCUUGUAUCAUAUCAAAUUCAUUCCUAUUUGAUAUUUGAAGAAUACAUUCCAACAUUUUUUUA